CAAUCUCAUCAUCCAAUACCUUCAAACACAAGCUUCACGUUUCUCAAAACAUUUGGUCUUAUAAUGGCUUUUCGAGUUGAUAUUCUAACAUUUGUGUUCUUAUGCAUUUUAGCCGCAUCCACCGUUUCCGGGUACAAUUCCAAAGACGUGAAAGCGUGGUGCAGCCAAACUCCAAACCCUAAACCAUGCGAGUACUUCUUAACCCACAACUCAAACCAAAAGCCCAUAAAAUCCGAGUCAGAGUUCCUCAAAAUCUCAAUGAAACUAGCUCUAGACCGAGCCAUCCUCGCCAAAUCCCACGCGUCCACACUAGGACCAAAGUGCCGCGACACACGUGAAAAAGCUGCUUGGGAAGAUUGCAUCAAGCUCUACGACUUCACCGUCUCUAAAAUCAACGAGACCAUGAACCCAAACGUGAAGUGCUCGAAAACCGACGCACAAACAUGGCUCAGCACGGCUCUAACUAAUCUUGACACUUGUCGUGCCGGGUUCUUAGAGCUUGGUGUUACCGAUAUCGUCCUUCCAUUAAUGUCAAACAACGUCUCAAAUCUUAUAUGCAAUACACUCGCCAUCAACAAAGUUCCAUUCAACUAUACCCCACCCGGGAAAGACGGGUUUCCUUCGUGGGUCAAACCCGGAGACCGGAAACUUCUGCAAAGCUCGACACCAAGAGAUAACGCGGUGGUGGCUAAAGACGGGUCUGGUAAUUUUAGGACGAUUAAAGACGCGAUCAACGCUGCUUCAGGGAGUGGUAGGUUCGUGAUAUAUGUGAAGCAAGGCGUUUACAGUGAGAAUCUUGAGAUUCGAAAAAAGAAUGUUAUGUUGAGAGGUGAUGGUAAAGGGAGAACGAUUAUUACAGGAAGCAGAAGUGUUGGAGGAGGAUCGACCACGUUUAAUUCAGCUACUGUCGCCGCGGUUGGAGAUGGAUUUAUAGCACGUGGAAUAACAUUUAGAAACACGGCGGGUGCAAACAAUGCACAAGCAGUUGCUCUAAGAUCGGGGUCGGAUCUAUCUGUUUUCUACCAAUGCAGCUUCGAAGGUUACCAAGACACACUUUACGUUCAUUCGAACCGUCAAUUCUACCGUGAUUGCGAUGUUUAUGGAACCGUGGACUUCAUCUUCGGAAAUGCAGCAGCUGUUCUCCAAAACUGCAACAUCUUCGCACGUCGUCCACGUAGUCGAACUAACACAAUCACUGCUCAAGGAAGAUCAGACCCAAAUCAAAACACGGGUAUUAUUAUCCACAACUCUCGGGUCACCGCCGCCUCAGAUCUCCGACCUGUUCUUGGAUCUACCAAGACUUAUUUGGGUCGACCAUGGAGACAAUAUUCAAGGACAGUGUUUAUGAAGACUUCUUUGGAUAGUUUGAUUGAUCCACGUGGAUGGCUUGAGUGGGACGGUAACUUUGCUUUAAGUACAUUGUUUUAUGCUGAGUUUCAGAAUACGGGUCCGGGUGCUUCGACUUCAGGUCGGGUCACAUGGCCUGGAUUUCGGGUCCUUAGUUCUACCUCAGAGGCUUCAAGGUUUACUGUUGGUAGUUUCCUUGCUGGUAGCUCUUGGAUCCCAUCGGACGUACCAUUUACGUCUGGUCUUUGAAGGAUAUAUCUAGUUAAUUCAAAUAUCAUAUGAUAUAUGAUGCAAAGUUGUAUAUAUGACCCAAUUGAUAAUUGGUCUAAUACGAAGAAUAAUGUAAUACUGGAAAUUCUUGUAUGUUUGUAGUAGUUUCAUGUGAACUCUGUUUUUUUUCUUCAAAUAUAUUGUGUUCUGUAUUUCUGAAAUAAAUUAUCAUAUGAGUAAAGGUUAAGGAAUUUUCAUUUUGUU